ACACCAAUGUCUAAAAACACAAAACGAACUCAAAAACACGCACAGAAGAGGGCAUCCACCAACGCUGGCACAUCUCCUCCCACCACACCACGCAGGGCUUCGUUCCCUCUCUUUUCUCUCUUACCGGAUCUCCGAUCCUCCCUCACAUUAUCAUCCGUCGUCAUUCCACAUAACAGCAGCAUUCACAACGCCCCCAAACAAACCCAGUGAAAACCCAUUUCACUAGGGGCAUUUCCAUUUCCAUUUGUAUUUCUAUUUCUAUGAAAAAAUGAAAUGAAAUGCCCCCCUCUCUUUCCCUUAACACUAUCUCAACAAUGACCCCUCCACAACCCCUCAAAAAAUGAGCAGAAACGACACCAUUACUGACAAAAACGACAACAGUAACGGUGAAGAACAACUAGUUGAAGAAAAAGAAGAAGAUGAACAUUUCUACGAGUCAUUGGAUCGCAUUGCUUCCUCUUCUUGUUCUUGCUCCACUUCCAACUCCGACUCCGAUCCUGACCCGACCCGUUCCAAUUCCCCUCGUCUUCUUGCCAGUAAUUAUCAUGUUUGGAUCUCUCAACCCGAAUCCAUUUCCGAACGCCGCCAACGCCUUCUUCUCCAGAUGGGUCUCAGCUCCGACCCAUCUCUUUCUCGCUCCAAACCCGAAACAGCUAACAACGGAGAUUUUUAUUUUAACCGCUCCCUGUCAUCGGAUCGUUUGAUCGGAGAGAAACUGCAUGGUCUGUGUCCAAGUGAUUCAACUGCUAUCGCCCGAUCGAAACCAGAAAGUGGCGGUUCGGUAGAUCGUGACAAUGAUGAUGAUGAAUUUAAUUCGUGUUACUCUUCCUCUGUUUAUUGUUCGCCUUCUUCCAUUUUUUUGCAAGAUUCAAUUAAUGUAAAUAGUAAUGAUAGUAAUUAUAGCUGUAGUGAUAAUAAUAUUAAUAACAACAGGCACAGCAAUAAUGGGCUUUUUGUCGCUGGUUGCGGUAAAAAAUGCAAAAGCAAAAAUGGGUCUUCUCCGAAAGAGGGUAGUGUUAGUGUUGAUGUUGUUUCGCCUAAUAAGCCGCCUUCGGGGAAACAACAUUGUAGUAAAAUGGAAGUGAAUCGAUCAGAUUCUGCGAAUUCUAAUGGGGAUUUGAAUGGCAGUUUGUCAGUUGGGAGUUCGGUGGAGUUUGCGGAGGAGUUGGAAUGUAAUGGGGCAGAUACCGAUGGGGCAGUGGUGGACGAGGGAGGUUCGCGGGUUUGUACUAUUAAGAAUCUUGAUAAUGGGAAAGAGUUUGUUGUUAAUGAGAUAAGAGAAGAUGGGAUGUGGAAUAAGCUGAAGGAAGUUGGGACUGGGAGGCAAUUGACUAUGGAGGAGUUUGAAAUGUCUGUUGGGCAUUCGCCGAUCGUGCAAGAAUUGAUGAGGAGGCAAAUCAUGGAGGACGGGACGAGAGAAAAUCUCGAUGCCGAUGCUAAUGGAGGGAUUGGAGGUGGGGUUUCAAAGUUUAAAAAGAAGGGCAGUUGGUUUAGGAGUAUAAAGAGCGUGGCGAAUAGUGUGACAGGCAAUAAGGAGAGGAGAAGUAGUGAUGAGAGGGAUACUGGAUCGGAGAAGGGAGGGAGGAGGUCAAGUUCUGCUACGGAUGAUAGCCAGGAUGUGUCAUUUCACGGGCCAGAGAGAGUGAGGGUAAGGCAAUACGGGAGGCCGUCUAAAGAGUUGAGUGCACUUUAUAAGAGCCAGGAGAUACAGGCUCAUAAUGGGUCGAUUUGGAGUAUUAAGUUCAGUUUGGACGGGAGGUAUCUAGCAAGUGCAGGUGAGGAUUGUGUCAUUAACAUCUGGCAGGUUGUGGAGUCGGAGAGGAAAGGAGAAUUAUUGAUGGAGAAACCAUAUGAUGGGGGCUUGAAUUUGUUGUUGAUGCCAAAUGGAUCUCCAGAACCUAAUUUGUUGUCACCACUUGUGGAUACCCAUCAGGAGAAGAAGAGGAGAGGGAGGUCAUCUAUAAGCAGAAAAUCUUUGAGCCUUGACCAUAUCAUCAUGCCAGAGACUGUGUUUGCUCUCACGGAUAAACCCAUUUGUUCAUUCGAAGGGCACCUUGAUGACGUGCGCGACCUUUCAUGGUCCAAGUCUCAGCACCUGCUUUCUUCUUCUAAGGACAAAACCGUACGCCUAUGGCACUUGUCUAGCAAUACUUGUUUGAAAAUCUUUUCUCACAGUGAUUAUGUAACAUGCGUCCAGUUUAAUCCUGUUGAUGAUAGAUACUUCAUUAGUGGGUCCUUAGAUGCAAAGGUUCGCAUUUGGAGUAUUCCUGAUCGUCAAGUUGUUGAUUGGAAUGAUCUGCAUGAGAUGGUCACUGCGGCUUGCUAUACCCCAGAUGGUCAGGGUGCAUUUGUUGGUUCGCACAAGGGAAGCUGCUGUUUAUACAAUACAUGUGAGAAUAAGUUGCAACAAAAAUGUCAAAUUAAUCUGCAAAGUAAGAAGAAGAAAGCUCAUCUUAAAAAAAUCACCGGAUUCCAGUUUGCUCCAGGAAGUUCAUCAGAAGUGAUCGUCACGUCAGCUGAUUCUCGAAUUCGAGUUAUUGAUGGUGUUGAACUGGUUCGCAAGUUCAAAGGUCUUGAACAGAAACGAAUUGAUCUCUUCAGCUGCUUCAAUGGUUGUUUCAAUCAGCAAAACCUGAAAGGUUUUCGUAACACCAACAGCCAAAUCUCAGCUUCUCUCACAGCAAAUGGAAAAUAUGUGGUCUCUGCUAGUGAGGAUUCAUAUAUUUAUGUCUGGAAGUAUGAAGCUGAUUCCGGACUUAGCAGAAGCAAAGUUGUUGCUGUCACACAUUCCUAUGAGCAUUUCCAUUGUCAAGAUGCAUUGGUGGCGAUCCCAUGGCCUGGCAUGGGAGACACCUGGGAGCUACAAGAUACUUUAUCUGGAGAACAGAGUGGCCUCGAUAACCAUCUUGAUGAGGUUUCCAUUGUCAAUCACCCACCUACUCCUGUUGAGGAAGCAAGUAUUGAGGGGUCACAAUCUUUAUCCGGGUGCACAAAUAGUCCUCUAAAUGGAAUUAUUUCUUGUGCAACCAAUGGUUACUUCUUUGACAGAAUAUCAGCAACAUGGCCGGAGGAAAAGCUUAAUUUAGCGACUAGAACAAGGAGUCCUCAUGCCAGUGUGGAUAUCUCCAAUGGGUUAAGCGAAAGUGUGUCUGCCUAUGGUAUGGUGAUUGUAACUGCCGGCCUUCGAGGGGAAAUCAGAACUUUCCAAAAUUUUGGAUUGCCAGUUCGGAGUUAAGGGGCUGAAAAGAGAAUGAUCUGGCAAAUUAAUGCAGGUCAUUUUCGCCACUGGUUAAAACAUGUACAGUCACAGAGGUAUUCGGUGAAAUGUGUAAUUUAGCGAUUUCCAAUUCUUCUUGUGCUUCAGCUCAUUGGAUAUUGAGUGCCGAUGGAUGAGCAUUGAGAAGAAUAUAGAUUUGUUAAAAAAAAAAAAAGAAGCGGGGGGGCGGGCCCAACUAUGAAUUUAGAAACCGAUGUAGAGCAUGGAAAAACCUUAUUCAAUUAAAAUGAAAUUCUUUCAUAUUCUUUAAUGAUCAUGUCCAGUCUUGUAGGUUCUAACUU